AUGGCGGCAUUUAUGUUGCUGGACGAAGGCUCUGGACAUCUCGGACGACAUAGCCAUCAACGCGAAGGCGAAGGUGAUCAGCAAUGCGCGGCUAGCUCGCCUGAAACCAUGGAAGCACGAUCAAGGUCGACUUCGAAACCUUCAUCGACGAGUCCAGCAACAAGAAGAGGGUCGACAUCAUGGCCUGAAUUACUGGGUGCGAGUGCCGUCGCAAAUAUCUCCAAGUCUCUCUUCAUUAUCAGCGUUGGAAGCAAUGACAUCUUCGAACAUUAUGAUGCUAACGAUACUAGUACUGGGCAAAACUACAUUACCACUCUCAUCUCCACCUACGAAACUCAUCUAAGGAAUUUAUAUGAGCUAGGAGCCAGAAGAUUUGGGAUUAUUAGUGUUGGGGCACUCGGGUGCUGUCCGAUCCUACGUAGUAAAUAUGGAGGUUGUUGUUUGGAGCCCAUGAAUAGGGAUGCUCAGUUGUUCUAUACUGCACUCCGAGACCUCUUGCAAAAGUUGAGUUCAGAGUGCAAAGGGUUGAUGUAUGCACUUGGAGAUUCAUAUGAUAUGUCAAAAUAUAUUCUCGACCACCCCGAUAAAUCUGGUAAUUAA